AUUAGAGGGGCUCCAGACUCGGAAGGGCGGGAGGUAGCGUUAGUGGAACCUUGUUAACCUUGCUAAAAGACCUAAUGGAACUACCUACAGAGUAGUUGCUCUAAGGGAUUGAAAUUGAAAUUCCGGGUUCCUUCUUUUUUCUCCUCUCUCCUGCUUUACAACCCUUCAUAUUUCAUAUCUUUGGUCGGAGGGAACAAUAUUGUUGUUGGGUUUCAGCUAAUCCUUUGCCCGAGGACUUUCGCAAAUAGACUUCUCAAUCCGAGGGUCUUUUUUCUAUGUUACUUCGUACAAGAUUGCUUGAUUUUCAUAUGUAAUUUCUUCGUACCAACAUACUACUCGUUCCGUCUAGCUUAAACAAUAAUCGUAUUCGUCACCGCCCAAAAUGCAUAUCAACGAGAUGCUCGCAGAAGCCGAGAGGACCGGCCAACCGUCCUUCUCCUUUGAAUACUUCCCUCCGAAAACGGCCCAAGGUGUACAAAACUUGUACGACCGUAUGGAACGUAUGUACGAUUUUGGUCCAAAGUUUAUCGACAUAACAUGGGGUGCUGGAGGACGAAUCGCUGAGCUGACCUGCGACAUGGUCGUCCAGGCCCAGGCUUAUUUUGGCCUCGAGACAUGUAUGCAUUUGACGUGUACGGAUAUGGGUGAAGAGAAGAUCAACGAUGCGCUGAGGAGGGCAUACAAAGCUGGAUGCACCAACAUCUUGGCAUUGCGAGGUGACCCGCCACGAGAAAAGGAGCAAUGGGUAGCGGCCGAUGGAAAAUUCCGAUAUGCGAAAGAUCUUGUUGCCCACAUCCGAAAGACAUAUGGGAACCACUUCGACAUUGGUGUUGCCGGCUAUCCCGAGGGCUGCGAUGACAACAAGGACGAAGACUCUUUACUUGAUCACCUAAAAGAGAAGGUUGAUUUGGGCGCUACUUUUAUCGUAACCCAGAUGUUUUACGACGCCGAUAACUUUGUGCGAUGGGUAGGAAAGGUCCGAGAAAGGGGUAUCACUAUCCCAAUUGUGCCUGGAAUCAUGCCUAUUGCGACCUAUGCUAGCUUCCUCCGACGAGCGAAUCAUAUGAAUUGCAAGGUACCCGAACAAUGGAUGACCGCUUUGGAGCCAAUUAAGAACGACGAUGCUGCUGUGAGGGAAGUCGGCAAGACACUGGUGGCUGAACUAUGUCGGAAGAUCAUGGCUGCUGGUAUUGUUCACCUCCACUUCUACACCAUGAACUUAGCUCAAGCGACGCGCAUGGUUUUGGAAGAGCUAGAUUGGAUGCCAACUACAACCCGCCCUCGGAAACAAGCAUUACCUUGGAAGCAAUCUCUUGCUCUCGGACGACGCGAGGAAGACGUACGCCCCAUUUUCUGGCGCAAUCGCAACAAGUCGUACGUUUCAAGAACUCAAGACUGGGAUGAAUUUCCAAACGGCAGAUGGGGUGAUUCCCGUUCUCCUGCCUUCGGUGAAUUGGAUGCUUAUGGUAUCGGUCUGACUGGUACUAACGAGUCUAACCGCAAGAAAUGGGGGGAGCCUAAGUCCGUAAAGGAUAUAGCUUCCCUUUUCGUUAGAUAUAUGGAGAACGACCUUCCUUCAUUGCCAUGGAGCGAAGCACCCUUGACUAUCGAGUCUAAUUCGAUUAAAAACGACCUGAUUAAACUCAACCAACGUGGCUUGCUGACCAUUAACUCUCAGCCGGCUGUAGAUGGCGUCAAGUCCACGCAUCCAAUUUAUGGAUGGGGACCUUCGAAUGGAUAUGUCUACCAGAAGGCCUAUCUAGAAUUGCUAGUUACCCCCGAGUUAUUCCCCGAGAUUCUUCGAAGAAUCGAAGCAAACCCAGACCUAUCGUACUACGCAGUAACUCGGUCGGGUCAAUUCUUGACGAACACACCAUCCGAAGGACCCAACGCGGUUACAUGGGGAGUUUUCCCAGGCAAGGAAAUCGUUCAACCUACAAUCGUCGAGCACAUUAGUUUCUUGGCCUGGAAAGAUGAGGCAUACAGACUCGGUAUGGACUGGGCCCAUUGCCAUGACGCCAACUCGCCUAGUCGCAUCUUGAUUGAGAAGAUCAUGAAUGAGUGGUAUUUAGUCAAUAUUGUUAAUAAUGACUUCCGCGAGCCGCGGAGUAUUUUCGAACUUUUCGAUGGGUUGUCGGUUCAGGACAUUGAUGUACCUGUGAAGACGCCCAUUCAUGAAUCUAACGGAAUUGAUAAGGAGAGUAACGGCGUUUCAACCGUCAACGGGAGCGGAACAGUCUCGGCAGCAUAAGCCUAGUGAUGAUACAGGGAAUGGCGUCAAUUGAACUUUUCAACAAGCAUUGGGUCGGUGGGCGAAGGGAGUUUACAUUUUCAACAAGCAUAAUACCAAGGCGUUUGGAACUGGGGUCCAGAUUUUUCAACAAAAAAUCAGAGCACAGGUUAUAGGGCUUUUAACGGCAACCUGGAAAAAUGGGAUGGGCUUUAAAAAGAGGCUAGCUGCAUCAUAUCUCAACGAUACCCCCAGCAAAUCAAAGAUGAUGAUUUCGAGAAUAGUUUGUUUUAUAUUUUGGACGAGGGCAGUCAUGGGGCGACAUCUAGCGAGCGAGUUACAAAACGAUAACUUAUGGCUGCACAGAGGUUGGAUGGCUUUUAGCUACAUACCAAUCUUGAUAUACAGAAAUAGCCGAAUAGAAAUUGGAAGAAACUUGGUAGUAAAAGAAUUACCACCAUUUACAUAUG